CUUUCUUUCCCAGCGAUAGCCAGCACAGGGCUGAUAAUGCUGCCGAUGCGUUGAUGGCAGCCUGCAGACCGAGACUAGCACUUAACUUGCAGCUGCCUUCUGAGCCGGUUUCCGAGAUGUCCACGCCCUGGGUGACAGGCAGCCCAGUGCUGCCCUGUGCUCUGGCUGCGAUGCUGAACAGCAGCAUGCAGUGAAAGCCUGGCUUGCUGCUAAGGAGCAACCUAAUGUAACGGCACAGCCAACAAGAUGAACGGAGCUUUGGAUCACUCAGACCAACCAGACCCAGAUGCCAUUAAGAUGUUUGUCGGACAGAUCCCCAGGUCUUGGUCGGAAAAGGAGCUGAAAGAACUUUUUGAGCCUUAUGGAGCUGUCUACCAGAUCAACGUCCUGCGGGACCGGAGUCAGAACCCUCCCCAGAGUAAAGGUUGUUGUUUCGUAACAUUUUAUACAAGAAAAGCUGCACUUGAAGCCCAGAAUGCACUGCACAAUAUUAAAACUUUACCUGGGAUGCAUCAUCCCAUUCAGAUGAAACCUGCAGAUAGUGAAAAAUCAAACGCUGUGGAAGACAGAAAAUUGUUCAUAGGAAUGGUUUCAAAGAAAUGUAACGAGAAUGAUAUCAGAGUGAUGUUUUCACCAUUUGGCCAGAUAGAAGAAUGCCGGAUUCUCCGGGGACCUGAUGGGCUGAGUCGAGGCUGUGCGUUUGUCACAUUUUCUACAAGGGCAAUGGCACAGAAUGCAAUCAAAGCCAUGCAUCAGUCUCAGACCAUGGAGGGCUGCUCUUCACCUAUUGUGGUGAAGUUUGCUGAUACUCAGAAGGACAAAGAGCAAAGGCGCCUCCAGCAGCAGCUGGCACAGCAGAUGCAACAGCUCAACACUGCCACCUGGGGGAACCUGACGGGGCUGGGUGGACUUACCCCACAGUACCUGGCGCUUCUGCAGCAGGCCACCUCCUCCAGCAACCUGGGUGCAUUCAGUGGCAUUCAGCAAAUGGCUGGCAUGAAUGCUUUACAAUUACAGAAUCUGGCAACACUGGCUGCUGCUGCAGCUGCAGCCCAGACCUCAGCCACCAGCACCAAUGCAAACCCUCUCUCUACCACAAGCAGCGCCCUGGGAGCCCUCACGAGUCCCGUGGCUGCUUCAACCCCCAACUCCACUGCUGGUGCAGCCAUGAAUUCCUUGACCUCUCUUGGGACUCUGCAAGGACUGGCUGGAGCCACUGUUGGACUGAAUAAUAUUAAUGCACUAGCAGGUAUGGCGGCUCUGAAUGGAGGACUUGGCGCCACAGGCUUGACGAAUGGCACAGCUGGCACCAUGGACGCCCUCACCCAGGCCUACUCAGGAAUUCAGCAGUACGCAGCAGCUGCGCUGCCCACUCUGUACAGCCAGAGCCUGCUGCAACAGCAGAGUGCUGCAGGCAGCCAAAAGGAAGGUCCAGAGGGGGCAAACCUCUUUAUUUACCACCUUCCACAGGAGUUUGGAGACCAGGACAUUCUGCAGAUGUUCAUGCCUUUUGGAAAUGUUAUUUCUGCUAAAGUCUUCAUUGACAAACAGACCAAUCUGAGCAAGUGCUUUGGUUUUGUUAGCUAUGACAAUCCAGUCUCUGCACAAGCUGCAAUCCAAGCUAUGAAUGGCUUUCAGAUCGGCAUGAAACGCUUGAAGGUGCAGCUGAAACGCUCCAAAAAUGACAGCAAACCUUACUGAUCCUAACCCCAGCGGCUCCCUGCUCUUAUUUUAGCUUUCUUAGGGUAAGUCCCACGAGCCAGCCUGUUCUCAACAGGGAAGGCAGAGGAGGACCACAUUGCCAACUUUUACCAAGAGAGACGAUUAUUUUUACAAUAAGGCCUCCAUUUCCCCCACCCAUCCCCCAGUUUGCCAUAAAACUUGGGCUACCUUAUUUCUGUUGAGUAAAUUCCUCCUGCAGUUGUGCCACUGUAUUCUUUGUUUUGCAAUUUGAAUCUCCUUUUACUUUUUUUUUUUUUUUUUUUUUUUUUUUUUUUUUAAAGAAAAACACACACAAAUAAAUGACAUCUUGAGAAUUUAAAAGGCAAACAAAAGCUAAUGUGCAAUUCUAACUCUGAAACCACUGGUGCCCCAAGAGCACUGCCUGGAGAAUUCACCCCUCUUUGUCCGUGCCACCUGCCCCUCCGGAGGGCCCCCGGCGGCGUUUAGAGUAACGUGGUGGCCUAGCAGAGGGAGAAGCCAGGAGAAGCACUUAAAACAACACAAAACGUCUUUCCACUACAUCGGUUUAAGAAGUAGGAUUUUAUUUUAGGGUUCAAAAGAAACAUGACACUUAUUGGUCAUAUUGGUCAUAUUAUUACACUGGUUGUCUAUUUUGUUAUUGUUUUAUUUUUGUUUUUAGAAAGGAUUAAUGUAAAAAAAGAUUUAGAGAUCUGUUUCUUAAAGCUACAGGGUUUAAAAAUAAAAUAAAAAUGAGUGAAAAUACUUGAUGUUUCUUGAAAGAUAAAUUUAAUAAUAAUAAAUACAUAAAUAAUACAUAAAUAAAAAGAAAGCCACAGGCCUGUAAAUUUUAUUUGUAAAAAAAGCAUUUCUAUUUUUAUACAAAAUUUUUACUGCCUCAGAAAUAAUGGAAGUUAUUUAUUGCCUAUUGUUAACUUAUUGGGUACCUAAAGAGCAGUUCUCUGUCUAGCUAGAACCUUCUGAAGUAGUCUCUAGAGGAAUUGUUCUAGGAAUGGGCUUUUUUUCACUGUUGAACCCUAGACCUAAAGUUCAUGCUUUAUCCUCUUGUCGUUUGUAUCUGUCUGAUUAUUCUGUUUGUAAUUUCCAUUAUCUAGUUGACAGUUCAGCCGUCUGACUUCCCCAUAUGUCACCUUUGUUGAAACUGGACCCUCUCCCUGUCCCUUGCCAGUCCCAUACCCCAAAACACCCAGAAUCCAUCCCCUCUCACUCUCUCCAGAUGGAUUCUCUUGGGGUUUCAUUGUGCUGUGGAAAAAGAGUGUAAGAAAUGCAAAUUAUGUGAAUGGCUCACAGACUCCCUAAAGACCUAAGAUUUGCAUUAGUUUUUCUCCUGCACCCUUAAAAGUGAUUUUGUUGCUGCUGCAUAGAUUCUGUGUAACUUUUUACUCUUCCUUGUUUUUUCCCUAGACAUCUUCAUGCCCGUUAGUUCAUCGUUUGCCUAGCAUGUCCCUGUGGCGUCUCAAAAAAAAAGUUUCAUCGUCCCGUCAUUGUUUCUGAUGUCUUUCUGACCUCACAUCAUAUUUGGUUCUCCUACUGACCUUUGAUCUAGUUUGACCUUUGAAAAUUGCAUGUGACCUCAUCUAGCUAUGAAUUCUGGGAAGUCAAUGUGAAAAACAUUGCUGCAUUCAUGCAAGACUGAAAUUAGACAAAUUAAUUAUAGGAAAAAAAAGAACCUGUGGCAAAAAUGUUUCUUUCUUUUCUUUUUCUUUUCACAAAACAGACUUGAAAGUAUUAUACAGGGAUUGGCAUUCUUCCCGGUCACUGGUAACAAUAGCAAUAUGUGUCCAGGGACACAGAAUGUUGGUUUCUAACAGACUACUUCCAAAAACAGUUUGAGAAAAAAACUGUCUGAUUUUAAGUCUCUAGAGGUCUGUAGUUUUUACAUUUUUCAGGCAGUGUAAAGUUUUUUGAUAAGGCCAUUUUAGGUGGCUCACUUUCUCAUUAAGAUAUAUAUAUAGAACCACUUUUUGUAGAUUAGUAUAAGAAAAAUAUUUACCCUGUUUUGGGGCAAAUGCUACCUAUUUGUGUCACCUUUUGCUGAACUGACUCACAGUUAGACAAUCCAUGGUUUAAUGCACAUGAAAUUACCUAUAUUUUAUACUGUUUCAAUGUACAGGAGAAAGGUUACUGUAAACUGUGUCAUGUUGGUGCUUCUGUGAAUUAAGUUGUGGUUUCAUCAUGAGUCUUAUGGUCUUAAUGUUCUUUGUUGAUAAGACAAGCUUAGAAUUGGUUUACUUAAAACAAAAAAGAAUUUAAAAAAAAAAAAGUUGUUUGCUUAAAAAAAUUUCAUGUGAGGAAAAAAAAAAAAAACCUAUUCCAGAAUAAGUUUUGUGUUGGCUUGUGAAGCAUUGAUGUCAUUUUUUCUUUUAUUGUGGACUAUUUAGACGUGUUUGUGUUCAGCAAAAUGUGAUUUUUUUUUCUUUUAAAGAAAAAAAGUGAAAAUAUAUAGUGCCAAAUUCCAAAGGUACUUCCUUCCUAGCGCUUCAGUGUGUUUCUUGUGAGAAGUAAUUUGAUAACAUGGGUAUUUUAUUAUGUGUUUUGUAUAAAUCCCUAAUAUUUAAAAAAAAAAAAAAGGCUAAAAAGUUUGUUAACUUGCUAUUCUGUGGUCUUGUUGCCUGAAAUUGUUAUUGUUUGUUAUUUCUCUAUGACGUUUUUGUAAGACAUUGUAUAAGUGCCCAUGUCUCACUUUUUUAACCACUCUGCCCAUCAAUGCUGUGAAGGCAACCUCACGAUGUAUUCUCUUCAUAAUAUAUGGAAACCUCUAAGGUGAGAAAGUUGUGAACUUUUAACCCUUUCUACCCAGAGCUAUCUGGAAUGUUGAACUUUUUAUACUGUCAUCAUUUGAACUUGUUUUGAAGUAUUUCUAAUUUGGAUUUUUUUCCUCUUAUCUUCCAAGUUGUUUUAUUUUUACCACUUUUUUAUCCUUUGAAAUCCAAAUGGAAGGGAGAAAAACAAUUACCUGUAAUAUCUUUUCUUCUAGUGAGAGUAUUCUUGAUCUUUUUUUUUAAGAAUCCCUAAUGUGUUGUGUUCCUUCAGUUUAAAUAACUGUUAUUGGGUAAAUCCUCUGAGGGGAAAAGUAUGUAGAUUCAGCCUCUAGCUAAACCUUUAAAAUGCCAUAUGCUUUUUGAGAUCAAAUUAGCAAUAUGCGCUAAUGUAUUUUCAGAUACUUUGGAGCUGAAGGAUCUGGGGUGGGAUGGUCUCUCGAGGGGCUGCUUUUGUUUCUUAUAUGCAGCACUCCUGAGAUGUGCUUGGGAUUCCCUGACCCCUGUAGAUACCUCCUGUGUAAGCAAGGUGUCUGGAAUGAGAAGCCUAUUUUCCUUUCUCUUUUUUUUUUUUUAAUUUUGUUUGUCAGCUAAGCAUAAUUAAAGGGGACUGGCCAUGUAAGCAGAGCUCUGUUCUUUACCAUAGUCACUGACCAAAUACCUACCACCAAUUCCUGCUGCCACUUUUAAAGUGCCAUAUUACUUUGACUUUCUGUGAUGGGAAAACAAACAAACAAACACAAAAACCAUAAGGUUAUAUCCCCAGCCCAACUCAAAACUCUAACCUUCCUGAAAUCGGGCCCUGGAAGCUUCGUGGUCUCAGCUCCCCCUUCCUAUUUACCCACUCCAUUUGUAUGUGUGCGUGCAUGCGCAUGUGUGUGUGUGUGUGUGUGUGUGUGUGUGUGUGUGUGUGUGGCUAUGUGGAUGUGAUAGCCCUGGGAUGGAAAGGACUAGCCUCUAAUGAUGCAAAAAACAAAAAACAAAAAAAAAAUCCUUCUUAUAGCACAUGCACUUCUAAUUAAAUGAUUUGUAUUAUCCUCACACGUGUUUACUACUGCCGGGGCCUUCCUUCAUCCUUUGAGGGCUAUUUUGUACUUCCUGCAGCACUCAACUUAACAGAAGUUACUGCACAUGUCUCUCUCAUGUAUCUAUUAUAUGAUGAUGUGUAGAUACAUACAUAGAAACACAAGAAAACACCACUUAACUUCCUAGACCACUUCAUUCAGAAUCUAUUCAUUUAUCUAAAAAACUGUUUUUCUAGUUUGUUCACUGAAGCAAACUGCCUGCUUUUCUCUUGCCCACCUGCAUCUUCCCCAGAGAAAAACAGUGCAGCUGAAAGGAGGCUCCACGUGUGCACACCGAGUUGAGUGUCGGUGAUUUUGCAGGCAACCAAGACAGUCCAUUUAGAGGGAAAGUCCUUUACUGGUUUUUUGUUUAUUGUGGUUGUUGUUUUUGGUUUGGUUUUUUUGUUUUUGUUUUUGUUUUUUUUGCAUGUUUCAUUGUUUAAAAAAAUAACCCUCUUCCAAGACAAACUGUCCUUUCAUCUUUUAAUAUCAAAAGAAAAUGCUGCAAGGGUGUAGAGGGCCUGUGUCAGGAGGCAGAGCACACAGGAAGACUGUAGAGAGCAGUCGUGUUCACAACCAGAAUGUGAUCAAAUGGCAGUCCUUAAAGGCGUGACAAGUUCAUCUUUCUUUCACCAUAGGGGUUAUAGUUCUUUGGCUUGUGCUACUCUGGAAUCAUUUUACUGUUUCUGUUUUUAUUAUCUUAAGUGCUAAUUAAAAAGAAGAAAUAAAAUUUUAAAAAAACCUGUAGUUUCAUUACCUUUUUGAAUAAUGUCACACAAAAGAAAUGUAUUUGUGUUUUUGUGCUGUGAGAACUGUUGUUUGUAGAUUAAUAAUAUCAUUUUGUUUAAUACUACAAAAUAGUUUUUAAAUAUUGUCUGAGAAAAGCCAAAGUUAAUGCAACCUAGUGGAAACUGUAAGACCAUUUGAGUAUUGUUUGUUUUAUUGAUGCAUUUGGAUUUUGUUGUCUGAUGGAAUUUGAGCCAAAAACAAAAAACAAAAA